UCCACCAGGCGUGCGCCCUGAGCUCUUGGGAAAGCAAGAUCGCAUAGUUGGAGAAACUUCAGCCGCUAGGUUUGCUGUGAGCAUCGCAUCCACGUCCCGCGACCAACACCCGUGUGGGGCUGGGCCAGGUAACUGAGUUUUGAGCGAUGGGCUGCUCCAGCAGCGCCCUCAACAAGGCGGGCGACAGCAGCAGAUUCGGCAGCGGAGUACCUUCAAAUGAGAAUUCUCCCACUGCAGAACAAAACAAGUUCUGUGUAGCCCAACCUAAACCAUGUACACCAGGAGAAGCUGCCUUUCAUGGCAAUGCACAAAGGCAAAGCCAUCCUUCCCUAGAGAGGCCCAAGGCUUCAGUGGUGCCUACAGCCAAUGGUGUUCAAUCCUACCACCAACCAUCCCUGGCAAAUGAUGAGACCCCUGGAAAGGAAGCCACAGAUCACUCAAGACCCACAAAGAAGAUUGAGCCUCUAGUGCAAGGGGGAGAAUGUGAGCUAUUUCAGCCAGGAGGCAAAGACGACACGCUGGGAACUGAGGAAGGAAAGAAAGACACAGAAGCAAGGACAGAGGUCCAGUCUCUAAAGGGAAAUGCUGAGACUGAGCCUCUGAGGAUGUCGUCAGAGAGGGACCCUCCUGGAGCAGAGGAAGACACCAAACUUCCACAGCCCGGAACGAUGACGUUUCUACAAACAGCCAAGAACAUUCUGCCUCUGGAAAUAGCUCAGGAGCUGCCACCUGAAGAACCAAUGGGAAAGGACACGCAGCCCCAGAUUCUAGAAGCCACUCCCAAAGAGAACAGUGCUCCAGAAAUACUGGAAGGAUAUCAGUUUGUGGGAAAAGUUGAGCAAAAGGAACAUCAAGAGAUCCCAAGAGAGGACAAGGCAUUCCAACUUCUAGAAACUAUUCCCAAAGAGAACCGCUCUCCAGAGAUAGCAGAAGGGAGCCAAUCUGCAGAAACCAGUGAAAAGCAGCCACGUUCAGAAGCACAAGGUGAAGCUGAGCAGCCCCAAGUUCUAGGGAGAGUUCUCAAAGACAAUGAAACGCCACAGCUGCCAGACAGAAGCCAGCCGGUGCCAACUCCUGUAAUGGACAAGUCACCCUGUAUAGCUACUGAUGGUCUCAGAAACGCCCAUGAGUCUCAGCCUCAGGUAACAGGGGGAAACAGGGUACAGUUGGCUGGAACUGGAGAGGCAGCAGCAAAGGUGGAAAUGUCCAGAGAAAUCCGCCCUGAGAAAGACGAGCAACACAUUGAAGGCGAGACAGGAGAAAAGGUGGAAGCAGAGAUGAAAGAGGAGAAAGAGAGUGAAGAAGCAGAAACCAAAGAAAAAGACACGGGAGAAGCUGUGGAUCCUGGAGCAGCAAGGGCCGGCGACAGAGGGCUUAGUGCGCACAGUGCUACACCCGAGGGAAGGGAUAUUUGA